AUGCUAUUUCAGUUUCAAGGAGAAGAUAAUAAAGGUUAUCUUCUUGUCAUUAGCGAAAACCCGUCUAGGGAUGAUACCGACGGCACUGUUCGACGACGAAGGGCCAAGGAAUUAACUUUCGAAGUAUGUCGGCGUAGCUUCUAUGCUAUCAAGACUUUUAACCUUACUCGUGCUAGUGGCCUACCAGGAGUCAGAAAGACUUUCAUAGUUGAGGUAACCUCGGAGUAUUUCAAGCUCUUACUCUAUUUAAUCGCCAAACACUUUAGUGCUGUUCUUCUCUUAGAUGAAGCAGACACAUUCAUGGAGCAGCGUAUAUCUUACUAUGAUACCCACAAUCGCCUUGUGACCAUUUGCCUCGGAAAGCUGGAAUAUUAUCAAGGAAUUCUUUUCUUGACUUCAAGUCGGGGGAUCCGGUUUGAUGACGCAAUUCUCAGCCGGAUCUAUUUGAUCAUUGAGUAUGAGAAUUUACCGAGAGAGUUCCACAGGGAUCUCUGGUCAACCUUUCUGUCCAAGGGAUGUUCUAUGCAAGGACCUGCUGUUGUUGAGGAGCACGAACUCCGACGAUUGGAGUCUUUAGAUCUCAAGAGACGAGAGGUCCCUAUAUUCUAA